AAGAUGGAGGCCCCGCUGCGGCCUGCGGCGGCGGACAUCCUCCGAAGGAACCCGCAGCACGACUACGAGCUGGUGCAGAGGGUCGGCAGCGGCACCUACGGGGACGUCUACAAGGCACGGAAUAUACACACAGGAGAGUUGGCUGCAGUAAAAAUUAUCAAAUUGGAGCCUGGAGAUGAUUUUUCUUUGAUUCAACAAGAAAUCUUUAUGGUGAAAGAAUGUAAACACUGCAAUAUUGUUGCCUACUUUGGGAGCUAUCUCAGCCGGGAAAAACUGUGGAUUUGUAUGGAAUAUUGUGGUGGUGGAUCGCUUCAAGAUAUUUACCAUGUUACUGGGCCAUUAUCUGAAUUGCAAAUAGCUUAUGUGUGCAGAGAAACUUUGCAGGGUCUUGCCUAUUUGCAUACUAAAGGAAAAAUGCAUAGGGAUAUUAAAGGUGCAAAUAUUUUAUUGACAGAUCAUGGUGAUGUAAAAUUAGCUGACUUUGGUGUGGCUGCAAAAAUAACAGCUACAAUUGCAAAGAGAAAAUCUUUCAUUGGCACUCCUUAUUGGAUGGCCCCAGAAGUUGCAGCAGUAGAGAAGAAUGGUGGCUAUAACCAACUUUGUGAUAUAUGGGCAGUAGGGAUUACAGCAAUUGAGCUUGGAGAACUUCAGCCACCCAUGUUUGAUCUUCAUCCAAUGAGGGCUCUCUUCUUAAUGUCAAAAAGUAAUUUUCAACCUCCGAAGCUAAAGGACAAAACAAAAUGGUCAUCAACAUUCCAUAAUUUUGUCAAAAUAGCACUAACAAAAAAUCCAAAGAAAAGGCCAACUGCUGAAAGACUUCUAACUCAUACUUUUGUAGGACAACCAGGUCUCUCUAGGGCCUUAGCAGUUGAACUCUUAGACAGAGUGAACAAUCCUGAUAACCAUACACAUUAUACUGAAGGUGACGACGAUGACUUUGAGCCCCAUGCAAUCAUUCGCCAUACCAUUAGAUCUACAAACCGGAAUGCCAGAGCUGAACGGACAGCUUCAGAGAUAAAUUUUGACAAAUUACAAUUUGAACCUCCUCUGAGAAAAGAAACAGAAGCCCGGGAUGAAAUGGGAAUGUCCUCAGACCCAAACUAUGUAUUACAGUGGAAUCCUUUUUUUGAUGGUGCAAAUACUGGCAAAUCAACCUCAAAACGUGCAAUACCACCUCCCCUACCUCCAAAGCCAAGGAUCAACAGCUACCCUGAAGAUAACCUCCCAGAUGAAGAAAAAUCGUCGACUAUAAAACGGUGCCCUGAUUCAGAGAACAGAGCACCCCAUAUUCUCCGAAGACAGAGUAGUCCAAGCUGUGGUCCUGUUGCUGAGGCUUCCUCUAUUGGUAUGGCUAGCAGUAUCAACAGCCUUGGAGCACAUACAGCCAGAUACUGUGAUUUGGGCAAUGGUGAUGGUAUUUCAAAACUGAUGAGUGAAAAUACAGAAGGGUCAGCACAAGCUCCACAGUUGCCACGAAAAAAGGACAAGCGAGACUUCCCUAAACCUGCCAUCAAUGGCCUUCCCCCCACCCCAAAAGUGCUGAUGGGAGCAUGUUUUUCCAAAGUUUUUGAUGGCUGCCCUUUGAAAAUUAAUUGUGCAACGUCCUGGAUACAUCCUGAUACAAAAGAUCAGUACAUUAUUUUUGGAACUGAAGAUGGUAUUUACACAUUGAAUCUCAAUGAGCUACAUGAGGCAACUAUGGAACAGUUAUUUCCACGGAAAUGUACUUGGCUCUAUGUUAUCAAUAACACUUUGAUGUCAUUAUCAGGAAAAACUUUUCAGCUCUACUCUCAUAAUCUUAUAGCUUUGUUUGAACAAGCCAAAAAACCAGGAUUAGCUGCCCACAUUCAGACCCAUAGGUUUCCAGACCGCAUACUACCAAGAAAGUUUGCUUUAACGACAAAGAUUCCUGAUACAAAGGGUUGUCACAAAUGUUGCAUAGUCAGAAACCCUUACACGGGCCAUAAAUACCUCUGUGGAGCUUUACAGUCUGGAAUUGUUUUACUUCAGUGGUAUGAGCCAAUGCAGAAAUUCAUGUUGAUAAAGCACUUUGAUUUUCCUUUGCCAAGUCCUCUGAAUGUUUUUGAAAUGCUGGUAAUACCAGAACAGGAAUAUCCUAUGGUCUGUGUAGCUAUUAGCAAGGGUUCUGAAGUAAAUCAGGUAGUUCAGUUUGAGACAAUCAAUUUGAACUCUGCAUCUUCAUGGUUUACAGAAAUUGGUGCAGGCAACCAACAGUUAGAUUCCAUUCAUGUAACACAGUUGGAGAGAGAUACUGUUCUUGUGUGCUUAGAUAAGUUUGUAAAAAUUGUAAAUCUACAAGGAAAACUAAAAUCAAGUAAGAAACUGGCCUCUGAGCUUAGUUUUGAUUUCCGUAUUGAAUCUGUAGUAUGUCUUCAGGACAGUGUGUUGGCUUUCUGGAAGCAUGGAAUGCAGGGUAAAAGCUUCAAGUCAGAUGAGGUUACCCAGGAAAUUUCAGAUGAAACAAGAGUUUUUCGCUUAUUAGGAUCAGACAGGGUGGUUGUAUUGGAAAGCAGGCCAACGGAAAACCCUACUGCACACAGCAAUCUUUACAUCUUGGCUGGACAUGAAAAUAGUUACUGAGCAGCUGAAACUGAUCUUAAAUGUCAGGAAAAUGAGUAUACUCCAUUGAAAUCAAAAAUAAUUUUAAGGGAAUUUCAGUAUAAACUUCACUAUGAUUUGCAAUACUUGUUAGGAAUGAAUGAUCUGUACUUUAAGGUGGAAUUCAAUAUUUUCUGUAGCUGGAAGCAGCUACUCUAUCUCUUGCCACUGUGUGGUGGUUAUAUCAAGUUUGCUUAAUAAAAGCUAUGAGACAAAUAGUCCUUUAGUUCCAGGAAACAGUCUUUUUAAAAAGAUAAUGUUUAUAACAAGGGUGCCAUGAUAUUUUUAGAUUACAGUUUAUGUGAUUACCUUCAAAGAGAUAAACUUAGUGACAGUUUUUUUUUUAUUUUAUACCAUGUUUAAGCCUUUUCUUAACAUAAUUUGAUAAAGAAAUCGAAUAAGCCUUUCACUUUUACAUUGGCCGGUCUGUAUGUUUUUUUUGUAAAAUAGACUAUUUAAUCCUUAUUUAUUAAUCUCUUGCUGAAGUGGUGUAAUGUAUCUUAACUUUUGGCAGAGGAGGGUUUGCAGCUUAAGUUUUUUAUAAUGUAUAAAAACUGUGUUUACCUUUUAAGAAUAGUAAAAGAAGAGGGAUUAAAAGGUAGUUGUGAGGUUCGAUGCAUACAUACAAUUUUGUUUAACACGAGGUGUUCGUUUUUGUAAUAUAAUAUCAUUCAGAAUUGCCAUAAAAGAGGGUUUUGUGUUUUGAACGACAGAUAGUUUUAGGGAGUUAUACGGAAGAAACUAAGGAUGCUUGAAAUAUUGUUAGAAAGGGUGUGUAUGAUAUGACCACCAUAUGUAUGUAUUCUUGACAAGCAGCGUAAUAAUGCCUGUGAUUUUUUUACAUUAGGGAGAAUGCAUAAGAAAUUAGUCUUCAUACAUAUUAUCAUCCCUAAUGUGUUUGUGGGGGAGUAUUUAACUGCCCAUGAUAUGUAUUUUACUUAUACUAUGCCAGUGGGGGAAACUGUAAAACAGCCACACUUUUAAUCUUGGUUUUUUUUUCACAUAUGUAGGUAUGCGUUUUGAGUAGGUUUAAGGGGGGGAAAAAUCUUUACCUGAAAUUGAAUUCCUGGUGAGCUACUAUAAUUAAGUAUUAUAAAAGUCAGAGUUGGCUUCUCCACUGCUAUUGAUGAUAUUUAAAGUGACAUAUUUGGUAACUGUUAUCUUAAUGCAUUUAUUGAAAACAGCAUUGAGAUGAAGACAAAGAGUUAACUAACAAAUUAUGGAUUUGUUCUGACCAAUUAUUUUUGGGGAGAAUCACAGUAUAAUGAUCUUAUCAGUUUCUUUAGCAAGUCUGUAAAAGAGGCUUCAUCAUCUCCAUUUUUCAAUUGAGGAAAUAGCAAGGGCAAGAGACGUAACUAAUUCACAAGCAAGUUAGUGGUUGAGCCAGACCAUGAGUCUUGUGACUCUAUUCUUUACACUAUGCAAACAAUAAACAAUAAACUUAUACAAAUGAAAUAUAAA